UAUUUGCGAUACACUCACUGUUAUAUCAUAUAUAAAACCGGACUCUUAAGGACGCAGACGACGGAUAUGGAAGGCAUCAUGAACUUGAAGAGAAAGGAGAAGAAAUCACAAAGUAGAAGACUUGGGAAAUAUCUCAAAGAACAAAAGGGAAGGAUUUACAUCAUUAGAAGAUGCGUGAUGAUGCUCAUCUGUUCACGUGAUUGAUUGGUUUAUUCAU